AUGGAGCCCCAACCCGUAAACCCAGACAGCAGGCCAUUGCCUGAAGGUUGGUUCCAGCAUUAUGAUGCAUCGCAGAAGAUCUGGUACUACGUACAAACCAAUGUGAUGCCUCCAAAGAUCAGUUUGACGCAUCCUGCAGGAGAUAGUCCGAAAGGGCCACCGCCCGUCCAGAAUGCAUGCACAUCCUCCAUUGAAGCGGAACCUACGCCCCCCUACACACCGAUUCCUCAAGCCUCCCCGCCUGCCGCGUCUAAUUCACCUUCUACGCCUCCUGCGCCCCCUCCAUUUGAUUCAAUUAAAGCGGAGGCUUCGCCUGCCUACAUGCCCAUUGCAUCUCCGGCCUCCCCACCUGCCAUGUCCCCUUCGCCUUCGACGUCAUUUACCCCCGCUGCAGCCCCUCCCCCUGGCGCACGCGCUUCACCCGCAUCACCUAGUCUACCUUCAUCUCCAUCCUCACCGGCACCCGCCCACAGCAAACUCUCUGCUGCUCAACUCCUCUACGCCAGCGCGGCUCAGAAGGACACGGGUUUUAGCGACCCCCUAAUCCGAAACCCCGCGAUCUUGGGCGGGGGAGGCGUUGCUCCUACCCAGCGACCGACGACCUUGGGCGGCCGAGCCCUCCCUGCGGUUCCCUCGAACAUGAACCAAGCACCUAUCCUUACUACCAUGAACAGAAACUCGGUAGUCGCUGGGGUACAGUCCAGAUCGGGUAGCUUACUCGAGGGAGGAGCACCGCAAAUGGUUCAGAACGGUGCAAUAUCGGUUGAGUAUCUCACCGGUCCAAAAGCUCCGUACGAGCAUGGGCAACCCCAAACCCCCCAAAUGACGGCUGCACGCCUCCUCGCAGCUCGAGCUCAAACGCUGCCUCCCAAUCCCACCCCUCCUCCAAAGACCGACCCUUCUCAAGCUCACACGAGGCGAACUUCGAUGUACAGUACAGUUUCCCUUGCUGGGAGCGUGGCCAACACACAAAGCUCUGGGGGUCCAUCGGUCCCCCACAUCGUUACCACUUUACAACAGCCUUCAACUCAGCCAAUGGGAAGUGCUACGUCCAGCUUUCUGACUCAGGUCGCUGCCCCCAAGCCCAUUCCCGCUGUCUCUAACCCCCUUCCGCCUCCUCUCCCACCCAAGCCGGCCCCGCCGCCGGCAAGCACGCUGGCCCAGCCAAACGCCACAGGGAAUAUGAGCAUCCAUUCUCUCAUGUACAGGCAACUUCCAGGUGUGGGAGUAGGACCACAAGCCGCACUUAGCCCUAGCCCGCUGCAACCCAACCCAGGGCCGCAACUGGACCAACCUUUCACUUCCCGACCGCCCAUUCCUCCUCCGAAACACAUUUCUCAGAUCAUUCCCGCCUCAGUACCCACAUUCACGCCCCUUCAAGCAAAACAACUUGCCCAACUCACUGCUCAGCAAAACCAGUCCCAAGCGGUUCAACUCUCCGCCCAGUCCACAGCGCGAGCUAUCAAGCAGGCCUCUAAGGCUCUCGGGAAAGCAACAAAGAAGGCAGCGUCUGCCACUUUGAAUAGGCUCGCCCUCGGUGUCGAGUUCGUCAGUGCAUUAACAACCGCCCUGGUCGAUCCCCGAACGGGCCAGGGAGUACUCGAGGACUCCAAGCUGCAAGCCGUGCUGCAAGGGGAUGUGAACGCGGACUAUCAGGGGGUGAUAAAUGCAUUGUUGCAGCAGCAACAGAAAAAGCCAGGACAGGCUGCACAGUAUCAGGUCUUGAUUGGGCAGGUUCAGGCGUUGCAAGCUCAUGCCAUGUUGAAGCGGAUUCAACUGCAGCAACAGGGCCAGGCGUCGCAGUUGACAUUGCAAGCUCAGACGACCGGUACGUCUAGUCUUCCGGCCGGAGCGAAUCAUCAAUCGAAUGCGCUACCAACACAAGCGACCGGCCAAGCGCAAGCGCCCCAGAUACUAUCGCAGCCGGGUCUUUGGAAUGUGCCUCCUCCUCCACCCCUUGCAAGUGGCCAACAGGCGCUUGGUUCUCCUCCAGCUACGCAAGUGGCGGGCGUGAACGGCCAAGCCCUGCCUUUGUAUUCCAAUACAGCACCUCCAGACCAGUCCAACGCUCCCUCGAGUCCUCCUCCGUUUAAUCAACUUGAACAGCCAUUGCAAUCUCCUUCUGCGACUCCAACCUCACCUCCCCCUGCGUUUGCUCCCCAGGAAGGGCCACAGGGCCAGCCAUCUGCUCCGGCGCCUUCUGACUCCGACCCUGCCCCCUCGGGCGAUGCCUUCUCAGGACAGUCUCACCAAGACCUCCAGCAACUCGUCGCUCAGCUCCUCGAGCAACAACAGCGACAAGAGCAAGAGAAGCAACAACUCCUUAGACAGCUCCAAGAACAACAGGCUCUGCAGCAGCAGCAAUUGUUGCAACAGCUUCAGGAACGACAGGCGGCGCAGCAGCAGCAUCAGGAACAGCUUAUGGCGCAACUUCAAGCGUCUCGGGCUCUGAAUGCCCCUGCCCAGCAGCAAAUCGACUUCCAGAAUAUCGCCGCCCAACAAAUGCAAGCAGGAUCUGACCUAUUCAACGCCCAGCUUCAGCAUCAGCUGGCGGCCCAAAGUCAGCAAACAGACACACUUGCCCAGUCGAUUGCACAACAAGCGGAUGCAACGGCGCAAUCGAUCACAGACGCCGCGCUUCAGCAGGGCCAGGAUGCCGCCAACGCUAUUUUGAGUGGACUGCUUGGGGGUGGUGUAGGUCAACAACAAUCGGCAGGACUUGGGAAUUUGGUCUCUUCGCUUCUUGGGGGUGGUCAAGCCGGAGGGAAUGAAGAAGCGUCUUCUUUGUCGCAACUCUUGGGUGGUGGCGGAGAAGGCGAAGGAGUAUCCUCUGCCUUGUCUCCGCUCCUGGGUGGAGGGGAAGACACGUCGGGACUUUCUUCUGCUUUCUCCCAGCUGCUUCUAGGAGGCGGAGCCGGAGCGGCUGGUGAAGGUCAAAGUUCAGGUCUAUCCCAACUUCUCUCUGGAGCAGGGGGCGGAAACGCAACUGAAGCCGGCGUGAUGGACGCAUAUGCCGCUCUCCAAGCGAACCACCUAUCCAACCUCUUCGAGAUGCAAGGGCUCAGGAACGCUGCUUCCCUUGUUUCGGGUGACCAGUACGUUACGACAACCGCGUAUGAAUCUGUGUUCUCGCCGAUGGAUACGGCGCUAGCGAAUAGUCUUUCGUAUAUCUAG